AUGUGUGCACAGAUUUUGGUGUUAACUACGCAACUUGCCAAGCUACAGGCAAACACCACUGUAGCAGCCCCCUCAGUGGAAAAUAAAAUUAACAAGAAAGUUGAAGUCAUCGCUGACCCCGGCGCCUUUGAAGGAGACAGAGUGCAAUUUGCCGAAUGGUGGAUCAAACUCCAAAUUUGGGUUAAGGCAAACUGGGAUGCAUUUGCCGAUAACUUUGAGGUAGCAACUGCGGUGCUAUCUCGACUAAAAGGCCCUGUGGGGGGUCGAUACGCCCAAGUAAGACUUCAGGAGUGCUACUCCACAGGGGUGUGGCCUACCUGGGACAAUCUCAAGGUUGAGAUCAAAAAAUAUUUCAAACCACAGGCUGAGCGUGACUGGGCUCGCCAACAAAUAUGUUUCUUCAAACAAGGAAACAUGAGGACGGAUGAUUAUGUUACCUGGUUCCUGGCCCUCUCCAUCCAAGGAGGGCUUGGCAAUGAACAUGCAGAUACAAGAAACGAGGACCUGGCCCUGGCGGCUGAGGAAGUACGACGAGUUGGUAGAGCCAUGGAGCUCUAUGCUAUGCACCAAGGUGGCGGGUCUACCAAAAAUCACUAUUCCCAGAGGCACCCUGGGUCAUCAAACCAACACAAUCAUUCUCACGGGUUUAAGCUGUUCGGGCUGCAACCAGGGCAGGGAGCCCCUAUGGAUAUCGGUGUGGUCCAGGGCGAACAAAUGCACAGAUUCAAAGGGAACUGCUACAAUUGCGGCCAAGAGGGACACAUGUCCCGAGACUGUAGGAAUUGGGUGCAGGCUGCCCAACAAAAAAAUAACCAAGGGCGCCAGGCGUGCAAAUUAGAAACAGAAAAGCUGGACGAUCGGCUCAAUACUCUGGCCGGCCGUUCGUACGACGAAAUCUGA